AUAUGGUGAAGCAAAUGAGAGAAGAAAUGAAUAAAAUGUUCGCUGGAUUUCCAAGCCUUGAUGAUUUAAAACCAUUAGGAGGAAUCCCAAAGGACGCGAUCAACAAAACCAGCUCGAAAUCCGAAACUAAAGUGAUUAACGGGCACAAAGUAACGAUUAACGAAACUACUUUUUCGGACGGCACAAACAACUCAAACACCUUCGUCAGAUUCAAAGUAAUCCACGUAAGGCCCGAAAAUGAAACUUCUGUGGAAACAGGUAGCGACACCAGCCCAGAAAGUGUCGAAGUUGUUGAGACUGAAGUUGAUGAGGAACCGAACCCAACCUCCAAAGAUGAAACAACGAACAGAAGCGUCGAAGCCGUCGAGGAUUGGAAAAACGACAUUCCCGAUUCGCCGGUAGACGACCUCAAGGCU